AUGGCUAAAAGAACCGGAGAAGGAGCAGCAAUAGGAAUUGAUUUAGGUACGACGUAUUCAUGUGUUGCAGUAUGGCAGAAUGAUCAUGUAGAGAUUAUUGAGAAUGAUCAAGGGAACAGAACUACACCUUCUUAUGUUGCUUUUACUGGUACUGAACGCAUUAUUGGUGAUGCUGCAAAGAAUCAAGCUGCUGUGAAUCCUAUCAACACCGUUUUCGAUGCAAAACGUUUAAUUGGUAGGAAAAUCAGCGAUAGCUGUGUUCAAAGUGAUAUAAUGCUAUGGCCCUUCAAAGUCAUUGCUGAUGAAGAUGACAAACCCAUGAUUCAAGUCAAUUGCAAGGGCAAAGAUAAAAUGUUUUCAGCUGAGGAAAUAUCAUCCAUGGUUCUCAUUAAGAUGAAGGAAACUGCCGAAGAAUAUCUUGGUACAAAUGUUAAGAAUGCUGUUAUUACAGUCCCUGCUUACUUUAAUGAUUCUCAGCGCCAUGCUACUAGGGAUGCAGGUACAAUUGCUGGCCUUAAUGUAAUGCGAAUCAUUAGUGAACCAACGGCUGCUGCUAUUGCUUAUGGCCUCGAUAAGAGGGCAACAAGUGAUAGUGCAGAGAAUGUUCUUAUCUUUGAUCUUGGUGGUGGUACCUUUGAUGUUUCACUACUAACCAUUAAAAAGGGUAUCUUUGAAGUCAAGGCUACAUCUGGAGAUACUCAUCUUGGAGGGGAGGACUAUGAUAACAGGAUGUUGAAUCACUUUGUUGAAGAAUUUAAGAGGAAGCACAAGAUAGACAUCCAUGGAAACCCAAGGGCGCUUAGGAGGUUGAGAACAUCAUGUGAGAGGGCAAAGAGGACUCUCUCAUCCACUACUAAGACAACCAUUACGCUUGAUUCUCUGUACGAAGGAGUCGAUUAUCAUACGUCCAUUACUCGUGCUAAGUUCGAAGAGUUGAAUAUUGAUUUGUUCAUGAAAUGCAUGAAACCUGUUGAGAAGUGUUUGAAGGACGCUAAAAUGGAUAAGAGCUCCGUUCACGAAAUUGUGCUUGUUGGAGGGUCCACUAGAAUUCCAAAGGUGCAAUCUCUGCUGAAGGAUUUUUUUAAUGGGAAGAAACUCUGCAAGAGCAUCAACCCUGAAGAGGCUGUAGCUUAUGGUGCGGCGGUGCAAGCUGCUAUUUUGAGUGGUGUGGGUAACGAGAAGGUGCAGGACUUGGUGCUAUUGGAUGUCACCCCUCUUUCUCUUGGCGUUGAGACAGUUGGAGGUGUUAUGUAUGUGUUGAUCCCAAGGAACACUACAAUCCCCACCAAGAAGCAAGAGGACAACUUCACUACUACCUCCGAUGGACAAACUAGUGUGGUUAUUAAGGUGUAUGAGGGUGAGAGAACUAGAACUAGUGACAAUAACUUGUUGGGUCAGUUCAGCUUACAAGGAAUUCCUCCAGCACCCCGUGGUGUUCCUACAAUCACAGAAUGUUUUGAAAUAGAUGCAAACGGUAUAUUGACUGUUUCUGCUGAAGACAACACUUCAGGGAACAAAAAAAUGAUCAGAAUUACUGAUAACAAAGGUAGGUUGUCCACGGCUAAGAUUGAGAAGUUGGUUCUAGAGGCUGAGAGAUACAAGGCGGAGGAUGAAGAACACAGGAAGAAGGUAGAGUCGAGGAACUCGUUUGAGAAUUACACAUACAGCAUUAGAGACACGAUCAAUAAACUUGGAUGGAAGAUAUCAUCAGAGGAUGACAAGAAAAAGAUCGAGGAUGCAGUUGAAAAUACCAUUCAGUGGUUGGAUGAUAAUGAACUAGCUGAUGUGGAGGAUGUUAACGACAAGUGGACGGCUUUGGAGAAUUUAUGGAACCCCGUCAUAACUAAGAUUCACCAGCAAGGUGGUUCUGCACCCAAAAUCGAGGAGGUCGAGUAA